AUGCACGAUUGCCACCGCGAGAUCCGAUCGCACAGUUGGAACAAACGCACCCAGAUAGUCAAACACCAGCACCCCACCCCUCCUCGUGUCCGCCUCCGCACUGUCGAUCCACACGCUCCGCACAACGAAGACAGCAUUGUGUCAGGAGCUCAAAGGAUAUGUUGUUCGAGGAGAGUCUUGGGAAAGGGCGCUCAGAGACAGGCGAUUUCGGUGGAGGCGUGGUUGUGGGCAUUGACGAGGUCAGGAAUCAGCGAGGGUGGAACACUCGAGCAGUCAGCGUCAUGGGAAACAGACGCAAAUGGAAACAACGCACCGAGUGUGCUCAAUAACGUGCUACGGGACUAUCAGAAGCACCUCGAAAUACAAAUUCAGCUGCUCGUCAACAACGCACACGAUGCACUCGACAGUAAGCCCGGCAAUGCAUUGACAAACAAUCGGAGCGUAGCUCCGGAGAAUCUGGCUGGGGAUUACAAUAGCAACUGCUCAGUCGAUGUCCAAGGCGCUCCAUUGGAGCUCUACAUCGGACUCGUAUCCCUCGUCCAGUUGACGGAUUGGCACCGGGGAGGGGUACGGCUGGUAAUCGUGGGCAAGGAGGCUGAAGGACGCCGGCCCGCGCGGGUCGUCCAUCAUGUCGACGUGCCAGGAUUUGAACUGGUUGGUAUCUGCCGUGGAACGAUCUCCAUGACGGUGAACGGGGAUGGUCGCGACAGAGACAAUAUCGUCUACACAAGAGAUAUAGUGGAGAUCAUGAACAACAAAGAAGUCAGACUCACCGGAGGCAGACAUGGCGGGCUAGGAGUUCGAUAG